AUGGAGUCUCUCCGUCCUACUUAUCCGGCUCCUCGGCGCGUCGUGACUGCACCCGUGCCGACGCAGACGUCCCGCCCUUCCUCCUCGGCCGGCGGUCUCAUCGAGACACUCUACAACCACCCUAAUGUCAAAAUCGUGGCCUUUACUGCCGCCUCCAGAGGCCGAGCCCGGAGCCCAGGUCGUGGUCCUGCCGACGAGCCUGGCUCCUUGUCCCCCUACUCGCAACUGGAAAGAACCAUUGCAAUUGGCUCCGUGGCCUUUCUGAAUUGCGGUUCCGCCCUCCAGCCAAUGUUACCGAAGAGCCAAUGUUGGGCCCUGGCAGAGGACUCGAGCAAAUUUGUCCUGCAGAUUCGUCGACCCAACUAUUGGAGGAUAGAGAUCCCCGUCACCAAUGCCGAUGAACAGGAGCUCGCCGUCGCACUGAAGGGCGUCUGGGAUCAGAUCCUCCAGUUCGAGAAGACGGAAUGCCCCUUCAAGCGAUCAUUCACCAUCGUCCUUCCCGAGAAGCCAAAGACACCAGUCAAGAAGCGACCAUGGACACCUCCUGUGAAGGGAGCACUGCCUGUUCUUUCCACGCCGGCCCAUGAGGUUGAGGCAUCGCCGAUUCCGAAGGCUUUGACCCCCAGUACUGGCAGGAGAGCCUCAACAACAUCCCUCCGUGGCCGUCGUCUAUCGGUCAUCGGCAGUGACGUCCAGUCCAGCUCCCGGUCGCGAGAGCCUAGCGCCGAGAUAUCAGUGCUUGCCGAGUCAAAGGAGAAAGAGCAAAACUCCACCACUGAGACGAUCGAGACAACCUCUCCCAUACCCAAAUCGCAACCAGUACCAGAACAGGCAGUGGAGGAUGAUCGUGCCCAUGACGUCGAGACGGUGCCCCGAGUGGCAGUCGAACGGGAUUUCGAGACCACUGAUGUAGCUGGCACGCAAACGACCGCGACUGAGGAGAUCCAUCAUCUUUCCACAGCUGAAGAAUCAAUUGCCGAGGAAGUGGAGACUGAGGACGAGCCAGAAGCAGGCUUGAUUGGUGAUGUUACGAGCCAACCAACAGAGCCUCUGGCCGUUGAAGAAGUACAGCGUGACGAGGCAGAGCUGGAUGGUACUGAAACUGCUACGGACGAGGAUGCUCAGUUACCAAAGCCCCAACCCAGCUCGCCGUCAACAUCAGUAUUAGCGCCCAUGAUGGAGACGUCUGGUCGCCAAGAAAGUAUCCAAAACCCCAGAGCGUCAGCAGAGACUCUCCAGGGUUUGGCAGCAGCAAUCACUUCCAAGGACAGCAAACCAGAUGUUCACACGGAAACUAUCGCGGUUGGUGAGCAACCAGCAGAACCUUGCCCUCCGCCAGACGAAAUCAAGGAGCAGCUUAUCACCACGGAUAUAUCCCCCAACACGCCUUUGUCAGCUGGAACUAGCACGCCAACGCCCACGAACAUUUACGACGUUAUUCGCAACUACGAGCACAAGAUGGCCGCUGCUGCACCAGAGCCUACCCCGGCCGCCAAUGAGCAUGCGGCUGUUCCCGAGGCACCCCAAGCCGAGGCCGGCAGCGCUAAUGAGGGUGGCUCGAGCACCGAAUCAACUUCAACGACCGACGAAGAAUCAGUUCUAGAGGGCAGCGGAGUCGUGGGUGGCAGACGCAAGAAGCUCCGCGGGUUCAGGGCCGGCCGGGCUCUUGUCCCUCAGCUGACGCUCGUGACCUCGCCACCAUCCAAGUCGGCCAUGAGAUCGACACCGAUCCUAGACGAUGCGGCUUCGCCUACAGGAUCUACAGAUUCGUUCCAUAGCUCCCGCUCGUGGCACUCGCCGGUCACGCCGGUUCCGCGAUCUCCUGCUUCGGAUGUCUCGCCCACGAGGUUCCCCUAUCCUCACGACAACAUCCUGAUCCCGAAGAAGCCCUGGCACUACCGCGAUGUAUCGGAUUUGACUGUUACCCCGGAGACACGGCGUACGUGGGAUGCCACGUCUUCUCUUACCGACGACAGCUCUCAGGAAAGCGCGGCUACUGCACCGGAUAUGGCUUCUGAGGUGGUGGAACAGCCCGACAAGGUUGCCCUCUCGGAGGAUGAAGCUGCCACGUCGGCGGUUGCACGUCGCCCGUACAUUCGCCAUCGGUCAACAACGAGCAGCAUCUCGGUCAGCCACAGGACUCUUUCGCCUCUUCCUACAGCGGCCAACUUGUUUGCUACUACAAACAGCCAGGCCAGGCACCAUCCCCUACGCAGUCGCUUGGAGCUUGUUCGCAGGAUCCCCAUGGUCAUUGUGUCCAAAACUUGCGAGGUCUUGCUAGGUCCGCCGAGCCAUCUCAUUGCGCUAAUGCUGCAGGUGGCUGCUAAGAUCGCUGCCGGACAGUGGCGCGGUAUGAUGUUCGGUUUUGGUGAGGGUGGAGAGACCAUUCCCGUGCAAUGGGAUUAUUCCGACGACGAGUACGAUAGCUGGGGAGAGAACGACGACUUUUACCUCAGCCAGGUCGAGUCGUCACGCGCGAGUAGCGUCAUCGGCGGUGAUGACGGCGAUAGUGAUGCGGCCACUGACAACGCGAAUGGAACCGGCCGCGGUUGGGAGGUUGACUGA